AUGUCCCUCGAUCCAACUCAACCAAAGACGAUGCAAUAUCAAUUCCAAACUCCCGUCUUACAGGCUCAUUUUCAAAAAUCUCCCAAUCCCGAUGGAGCUAUAAGACUUAUAGACCAACCGGAAGAUGAAUUCGUAGAGACUGAAGAAGAGAUGAAUGUGAUUGCAGGAGCUUUGUAUAUCUUAGCUGUCAAGUGA